AUGACCUUGACUUCAAGUACAUCAAAGGCAAAGACCUUUCACAUGACUAAUCACACUCGCAGCCAGAGUGAAGAAGAGAUUGAAACCAUAGGCUUGGUUAUUCAAGACCAAAGUGUGACACGCCACCUCAAUGAAAUUGCAGAGGAAACUGCCUGGAACAAAGUCUUAUCGUCAGUAAUUCACCACAUCUCUCAAAACUGGUCCAUCAGUAAAAGACGUCUUCCCAAGGACGUUCUUCCAUUCUGGAGUUGCAAAGUCAACUAUCAUUCAAUGAUGGCAUCCUCUACAGAGGUGAUAGCAUUAUAG